GAAAGAGAUAUCAACGUAGCAAAGCGCAUAGUCGCAUCAACCCUUACUGUCUGUCGUUAAUUUUCAAAGUAAACAAGAACAUCAAUCAUCUACACAAUCGUUUUUGCCUCACACCCAACCCUUAUUACAAUACCUAGUACUCUUGGACUCAACUCUGAUAUCUAGUGGGUGAAAGUUUUGGUUACUACGAUAAUCAAUUCAUAACAUACUGAAUCAAAGCUCAAAACAAUGAAGUCGUUCGCUACUCUUGGUGCAGCAAUUGCCGCUCUCGCUGGUAUGAGUAGUGCUCAAGUUACAUAUAACUCGACUACCGGAACCUUCUCGUGCCCUAUUGUCAAUGGUGCAUACUGCGCAAGUUCAUCUCUCGGCGGGCCUAUCAUCAUUCGAUGCACAAAUGGAAUUGGUCAACCAGGAAACUGUGAUGAUAACCUUGCCGGAUACUUCCCUUACGGGGUGAACUAUUCACCAUGUUGGGAGACAAGUGAUAAGAGUGGUGACGCCGCUUGUUCUAAAAACUGCAUCGUCCAAGGUGGCUCAGGCAAUUUCAAUGGUACAUUCACCCUCCCCAACUGUACACCCAUUCCAAACCCCUCUGCCACCUCAUCUCUCAACGGUUCAACAACUACAACAUCAACUGGUACAUCGACAAUUGUCGAUGGUUCAACAACUGAACUCAUAACUUACACCACAACCUUCUGUUCUACCUCCACCCCGGUAGUUCUUCCAUCCGUCACUCCGCCCACUGUCUCAACUACCAUCGUAACUCUUCCAUUGAUCACAGCCCCUACUGUCUCUACAACUCCUGUUAUCAUCCCAUCAUCAGGUCUUACUACCGUUAUCUGCUCAUCCGGUACCGCUGUCGGAACUGGUGGCUCGGGAGGCGGUUCGGGCGGUGGAUCAGGUGGCGGAUCAGGUGGCGGUUCUGGCGGUGGUAGCUCUGGAGUCCACAACGGCACAACCGGUGGAUCAGGUGCUGGCGGAAGUGCGACUGCUAUACCCGUUGGACCAACUAAAACUGCUACUGGAACUGGCGCGCCUGAAUAUACGGGUGCUGCUAAUGUUCUCAGUGCAGGUAGUCUCGCAGCUGCAGGUGCUGUGCUUGCUUGGCUCCUUUAAAUGCUUUUAUGUUUGAGAGAAUCAAAUGAAAUGGGGAUGUGGAGGAGACUAGGAACGAAUACACGAUACACUCCUUAUUCUUGAUGAUGGUAUUUAUGAGGAUGAUGGAGGACUUUUUGGCGAUUUCUUACACAGUUUUGGAGGAUGGUUUUGGACGACAUACAUACACACCUACGACGAAUACGCAUGACAUGUUAUGACUUUACGAGUCGACGACUCUCCUUAAUGAUAAUUUCUAUGGAUGACGGAUUGAUGAGAUGGAUGUUGAAUUUUUGGCAGCAGGUUAUACGAGAAUGAGAAGUUUUAGCUAUUUCGGUGGGUAAUCUCUUAAUCCAAGGUGGAAUGAGACAGGGGUGGGAGGAGGAGUAGUAUGAAUGGAUAUUUGAGUGUAUGCCGUUGAAGGAAGCAAGAUAGAAAGUGGUUGGGGGUUAA